AUGGAGCUUUCACAAGUUUUGGAGAAAACUUUUUCGUCAGAUUCGAAAGAUCAACAAUAUGCCCUCACCCUUUUGCAGCAGGCAAUGACAGGAAAUUUUGCUGAAUAUGUCAAACAACUUGCCUCAAUCCUCGCAAAUGUCGAUUCCCCUCAUUACAUUCGACGUGCUGCUGGACUUCAAUUAAAAAAUGUGUUAGCUUCUAGAGAACAAUCCUUUUUUGAUAAAAAUAAAUUGAGAUGGUUAUCUGUCCCUUUAGAAGUACGUCAAUAUGUGAAAGAAUGUGUUUUAAAAACGCUGGGAACUGAAGUUAGGCCUUCAACUGCUGCGCAAUGUGUUGCUGCUAUUUCUUGUAUUGAAUUUCCGAUAAGGCAAUGGCCAGAACUUAUUGAUCGUCUAAACGCCAAUGUAACAACUAAAAGCGACAAUCCUUUAUUAAAAGAAUCCUCACUGGAAGCUCUAGGCUACAUCUGUCAAGACUUGACAGACAAACAAAAAGUCGCCCCAGUUUUGGCAGCAAUCGUUUAUGCCCUCAAAACAGAAGAAACUUCAGUUUUUGUUAGUUUGGCAGCAACUAAAGCUUUGUCUGAAAUUGUUGAAUGGGUGGUUACUCGAACUUUGGAAGAACAUGUGGAUGCUAUUGUGGAUGUUUUAUGUGCUUAUUUACAAACUGCUGAAAUGAAUUUAUACGAAGAAGCAGCUAAAUGUCUUUAUAAAAUAGCUUCAAGAAAAUGUGCAAAAUCUAUAGAAACACCAAUUGUUGUUAGUUUAUUUAGAGAUGCUCCAAUGCAACGAAUUUUGACGGCAGCUAAUUUAGCAGCAGCAGAUAGUUCUACAAGUUGUGAACAUUAUAAAUAUUUAAAGGCUCUACUAGAUCUCUUAUGUGCAUUGGGUAUUCAUUUAUCAGAAGUUUGGACUUAUGUAAUGAAACCUCCACCUAAUUUUUCACUUUAUAUUUCUGCUUUGUCUGCAUUUUUUGUUCAUCCUUCAAUUUAUAUUCGUGCUGAAACUGCUCAAGUUAUUGCUACAUUUUGUUCCAACGAAAAAAUCUCAACCAACGAAGACUUUUUAAAAUAUAUUCCUCAAUUGUUGAAAGUAUUGCCUAGGGCAAUGAGCAAGACAUGUUCUCCAACAAUUGGACAAGAAGAUUUAACAUUUCAAUAUUCUCGAAUGGAUUAUGAAAAUAAAGAGGAUUUGCAGAGAGAAUAUUUAAGAAUACGUGAAUACUGCCUUCGAAUAAUUCGAGAAACAAUGCCAAAUCAUUUUGAUAAAUUAUUUGAUGUUGUAAAUGAUUGGGUAGUGAAUCGUUGUGUUGUACAGCCUCAAGAAGUAACUCCAGAUGAAUGGGAAUUAAUGAAACGUUUUUUAACUGCAGUAAUAUCAGGUUCAUAUCAAAAUGAAUUGUUAACAACUAUAGAAGUUCGAAAAAAAUAUUUGCAAUUAUUUGAUGUUAUUUUCAAUUGUUGUUUAAAUAUUUUAAAUAAUUCGGGGACAACAACAGCACCAACAACUCUUCCAAAUUUUAUGAAUGGACUUUUAUCAACAUUGUCUUCAUUUUUCCAAAUUUUUGAAAAUUUUGGGGAACGAAUAUUAAAUGUAUUGGAUCUGCUAAAAUUAAUUUUGUUAAUUAAUAAUGAAAAUAAUUUAAAUGUUGAAAUUACUGCAACUAAAAGGCAUUGUAUAGCAUUGUUGUUAAAAAUUGUUUCUGUUUUUCCUGAACAAGUUAAGCCAUAUGCACGUAAUGUAUUCGAUUUAGUUGGCCAAGUAUCCAAUAAUGUAUCAAUGAUGCAAAGAUCCAAUUUAGUUCAUGUUUUGGCGUCAUUAAGCAAUUUAGCUUCGACUGUAGAAGAAAAAACUUUAUUUUUAAGAAAUGCUAUUUCAUAUGAUAUUAAUUAUAUUGAACAAGAACACUUCUCAGCUUCAAUGGAAAAUUUUUUGAAUAAUACUGGAUUGAGUUUUGCACCUGAUUUGAAGGCUAUAGCUAGUCAAUCAUGUCCAUAUUACUUGAGUAGACUUAAUCUAAAAGCAAGUUUAACAGCAUUGGAGGGAGUACUAAAUCAAGUAGAAGUGCCUAAUGAUGAAUCAUCAUCAGCUAAUAUUUUUAAUUUAUUUUUUACUGUGUUGCCUAAAAUAUUUCAAUUUUGCAGAUGUUUAACUUCAAUUUAUAUGCCCGAAUAUUCUUCUAAAGUUCAUCCAAUUUAUGGUUUGAGUAUUUUGGAAAUGGUGCCGUCUGAAAGGCAAACACUUGUUUGUAUGUGCCUCAAUAGCUUUAGAACAAGAUUCAAAUGGAGCUGAAUCAAAA